AUGGCCUCUUCGAUUAAUUGGGAAAGUAGUCCCGACAUACAGCAACGAUCAAGUCAACAAUUGACAUUCAUUGGAUACGAUAAUAUCCACUCAUUAACAGCUGAAAGUGCAUCCAGGCACCGAAAGCCGAUUUUCACAGAGGCAGAACGGCAAAACAUGAGCGAUGCUCUUGCCAGAGUAGAUGCUAACCACCAACUAGCAGAGUUGGAUAAAUAUAGUUUCAGCCUCUCUCAAAGCGUUUUUUUCACCAAAUUCCACGGACCAUUUGGUGUUUUUACGCUCCCAGAAUGCCAACCUGAGCCACGCGCCGUUGAUGCAGCUUCUGCCACACAUAUUCCGGAAGACUCGCCAAUAUCUUUACCAGAUACCUGGCUCGAUGUAGCUGAAGCCUUUCAUUCUAUAGAUCAGGAAGUCACACAUAACGCGCGUGUUUCCUUCGAUCUUCUACCCGAGGAACUAGAUGUUGUCUCACCCACGACUCAAGAUCCGCAAUUUCUUGAUAUCGAGCUACCAGGAAAUCAAAUCGAUAUCAUUCAACCGACACAGUUACCCUUCCUGUCUGGCGAUCCCUGUCCAUGGAUACUUCUAUCACACUAUAAAGAAAAGAUCAUCAGGCUGUCGUCGCCAACACGCAACCAAGAUAAGUCUCCAUGGGUAAAGCUGGUGAUGCCCUGUGCCAUGGGUGCUUUGGCUGAACAAACAAUGGGCGGGACUCCCAACAGUGCUAGGCUGGCAUUGCUAAAUUCAAUAUUAGCCACCAGCGCCUUUCAUAUCCAGCAUAAUAAUCCGUCUCUGGCUGGUGGGGUGGUUUUAGGAGAGCACUAUGCACAGCAGGCGGAAUCGCAUCUACGACAAUGUAUGGAUGGCAGUGGUGCUCUUUCAACUACUAAAGGGAAAUAUAAAGAAGUCCUUAUGGCAGCCCUGAGUUUGUCAAAUGCCUUUAUGAUCAAAGGAGACCCAGAUACACAACUGGCGUAUCUUCUCCACGCAGAACGGUUUAUCAACGCGCAUGGAUUCAAGAAGAAUAUGCUUUCCUCGAAGCGAAGGGCAUUGCACCACUGCUACGCCUAUAUGCGUAUCAUGGCUGAGACAACCGUGUUCCCCGAUAACUCGAAUAAUGAAAUUGCCGAGUAUUCCCUCAAUGAUAGCAGAGUGUCUAAUGAUCGCUUUCGGGCAACAACCACCGUCAGCUGGACGGAUGAUACGAUGGCCACGGAGAAAGAUCCUUGGAUGGCACAGCGCGAUCUGCACCUCGCGAUACCCGGCCGAUGGGGGCUAACCUUAUUCCCCGAGCUGUAUGGCGUUACGGAAACAUUCCUCAUGCUCCUCUCGCAGAUUGUCCGUCUUGCCAACGAGCGAGACCUCACCCUAACGAGUCCUGUGUCUGGAAGAAACGCACUCGGCUUACGGGACUUCAGUAUAUGGGCCAAGGCACUAGAAAAAGGAACCCGAAUGCUGCUGGAGUCGUCUACAGUAGGAUUUGGCGACGAGAGCUUUGGUCCAAACAGUGGCUCUAUGGCGCAGGUCAUGUACACGGCGCUGUUGAUCUUUCUCUAUCGUCGGGUAUACGACGUCGAUGCCAGUCUACUUCAGAAAGAGGUACAGCAGAUCCAGAGCCUGCUUGUCCGGAUACAGGAAGAGGAUGGGUUUUUGAACGAUAGCACGAGUACUACGCUGAUUUGGCCUACAUUCAUCGCUGCGUCUGAAGCGACAGAGCCAGACUCGCAGGCGUAUUUCUCGUUAUGGUUUGACUCGACGUCGAAAGCAACAGGGCUGGUUUCGGCGUCGUUGGCGAAGAAGAUCACCGAGACUAUCUGGGCAAAGAGGCGGAAUGCAAAGUUUUCAUGUAGCUGGCCGGAAUUGCUCAGAGCAAAGGAGUUCAGGUUCAUGUCUGCAUAA